AUGAGCGAUACUACUACCGAUGCUGUACCUGGUGUGUGUCCUAGGGGCUCAAGUGAUAUUGUAAAGCCAGAUGCGAAUCCCACAGUUACCGCUCCAGCACAUUCCAACUUUUCUCACGGUGGAAGGGAAGGUGAAACGUUACUGAAGAAUGUGGUGGACCUCCUUAGUGUUAUGUAUGGUAAUAAGUCCAUUGUUGGCGAGGACAAACAGGAGCCGCAUGGUGUACAUGCUGUUUCCGCGCCGGGAAGCGCAGGACACCGUCUGAGCACGCGGGCAAGUUUGUACAAACGGACCCUUAGAACCCUGCAGCUCUCCCAUACCGCGACCGAAACCACCGUACCUAUAGGGGGUCCACUAGCGGAUGAGGUGGCGAAGGCCAAAAGCGUGGGUGAGAACGACUAUAUUGGCCAAUUGUUAGACUACCUUGUGCGAACGUACUCAACGCAGCGAACUUCUGACGAUUCUGCCGUCGCGCGUGAUGAGCGGUGGACCAAUUACAUCUUGAACAGUGGCGAGAAAAGUGCGUUGGCUCAAUUUGGGUCGCUACGAAACACCCAGAGAAACAACAUUGAUAUGUCAAAUUUUGUGAAUCAUACUUUGGAUACCUUUUUGAGACCCGGGACACAGCUUAACUCGACGUGCUCUAUGCUGUCGAACCUUGAGAUGGACACAAACUUUGCAAAUUUGCUUUCUUUCCAUACUAAAAGUAAUCUGCAAAACAACAUGGAUGAACUUGAGGAGAUGACUGAAACACUGAAGCCUAUGUUUGUGGGGCAGCAGGCUAUGUUUAAAUCCAUCGGAUCCACCCCAAAGGAUGAAUCAAACGAUAGCUCUUUGAGUACAUUAUGCACGAUGAGAAUGCCAAAACCAUACUUGACGAUAUCCCAGAAGGGAUGUGCUUCAGGAACCGGAUCCGUUCCCCCCUCUUCGCAGAGCAUGACAUUGGAUUCCAAGGCUUUAGAUUUAUGCCAUGGUAGAGAUACGUUUGACGACCUUCCGGCAGGAGGUGGGGCAAGGAGCAGCUUCCUACCAGAACCCAUCGCGGCACCCUGCGCAGCUCGCGCUGAUGGCGGCGAGCACACCCUCCCAAAUCGUGUUGAGGAAUGUCCACUUUUGAGUGAGUUGGUGAGGCAGGAGGUGCUCAGCCGAAACAUCCUGCUCGCACUUGAGCAGCAGCUGCGAGGUUACAUCGUAUCAGCCUAUAACACAAAAAUUGAAGCGUUUCGAAGGUUGAGGCGGUGA